GAUGGAUUCAAAAAGGAUAUAAUAUUUAAUUAUAAUUGGGUUGCUAAUUCAGAAUAUCGAAAUCAAGGAGGUGAACAUGUGUAUAUUAAUGUGGAUAAUUCAAGCAACAAUAAAGAUGUUGAUUUGACUCAAGAUAAUAAUGCUAAUUCAGACGACCAAGAAAGUUAUGAUGAUUCGUAUUAUGAGGAUCAAAUAACUGAAUAUAUUUUUAU